AAAUCGUCAAGCAAAGUGAGAAGACAACUAAUACCCCCAAAAACAACAUUUAUAAAAAUCAAUAUCAAGUUCUUGAAAAAAAAAAACUCGUGCACACGAUGAACAAUCGAUGCACUGUGUGCACUCAAUUCAAUCAUGCAACCGCGAACGGCUAUUUCCAAGCUCACAUAUAUCGGGAGCACGUAAAGUAUGAGAUAUAUACAUAUAUAACAUUAUACCUAUAUACCGCUGCAUAUGCAGGUGGUGCACAAUUGCACAUACGCUCUGCGGAAGAGACCGCGCAAAGUCAGCAUGCAGUACGCUGGCGGCUGCUGACUGCGUCAGAACUUAUAGCGUGAUAUGAUGCAUGUCGUCUGCGGCGGUGUCGGCUAGGCGGGGGACACCGGCGCUGAAGAAGACAAAAAUGAUAAUUUGGAGUUCAGAUAAGCAGACGCGAGUAAGGAAACAAUGGGCUCGAUAAACUGGUCGGAGCUCUUCCCGGGGAAGUGGAGUGCCGUUAUUUUUGUCCUUUACAUUGCCCUUUUUGUCAAUCAAGGAAUAAUCAUAACAUGGUCGCAGAAAGAAGGGGAAUAUGAUUACAAUAUUGUUAUAGUAGUUCUUAUGACUGAGGUCAUAAAAUUAGUCAGCUCAAUUGUUUUAUAUUGUCAUGAAAACUCGCUAAAAAAUUUAUUCCAUGAGGUAUACAAAUAUAGAAAAGUGUUAUUAUUGUAUAUGGUACCAUCAUCAUUGUAUUGCCUCUACAACAAUUUAUCCUUUGUAAAUUUAGCAGCCUUUGAUCCUCCGACAUACUUCUUGCUGUUGCAAUUACGUGUUGUUGUAACGGGAAUCAUUUUUCAGGUGGUGUUCAAAAAGAAGUUGUCAACAAAGCAAUGGAUAUCACUGGUUUUGUUGACCUUAGGAUGUAUGAUCAAACACUUGAAUCUUGACUACAACAAUGCUUUACCAAAUGCAAAUUUCCAUUUGAAUAUUAAUAUUAUAUUUAUUUUUAUUCAGACAAUCUGCUCAUGCUUGGCAGGUGUUUAUAAUGAGUAUCUGUUGAAAGGUGAAGGUGCAACUGUAAAUAUCUUUGUACAAAAUGUGUUCAUGUACAUUGACAGCAUACUGUGCAAUGUCGCAGUACUACUCAUACAAGGAAAUCUUGUCCAAGCAUUUGAUGAUGCAGGGCCUAGUAUAUUUAUGGAUCCUAAAGUUAUUUUAAUUAUGUUCAAUAAUGCAGCCAUUGGUAUUAUUACAAGUUUCUUCCUGAAGAAUCUUAAUUCCAUUGUAAAAACUUUUGCCAGUGCCUUAGAACUCGUCUUCACAGCUAUAUUAUGCUGGAUAUUUUUUGGUAUUCCAAUUUACUUCAAUACCGCUUUAGCCAUUGCCAUAGUCAGUUAUGCAGUCAUAUUGUACUCACAAAAUCCAGUACAAAAUGUCAAACCAAAAUCUUAUGAGAGUGCAGAUGUUGAAGAAACUCAAGAAUUCAUAACAAAACAAGAGUCACAAAUAGUAUAGUAUUUAAAAUUUUAUUUCUACUUUAUAAAUGUAUAACGAAUGGCAAGGCUUGGUAAUUAUUCAUAAAUUAUUUAUUUUUAUUCAAUUAUUAUUCAACUUCAAUAAGUUAAUACUAUUUAAAUGUGUAUUUUACUAUUUUUAACUUAAAUGCUUGUAGUCUUAUAUUUUUAAUGUGCCAAUUAAUAAAGAAGAAAUAUUAAAUAAUAGGUUUUUGAGUGGAAUGCACAUUUGAAAUUAGAAUUUGCAAGAUAAACUCUAGAAUCGUGAUCAGUUUUAUAUUAGUAUAAUUAUGUGUUAAUAUAUAUUUUCGUUACAACCAACACUAAUCUUUCUGAAAAAUUUCAAUUUAUACUUCUUGAAUUGUGGCAUAAGUUUUGUGAAUGCCAAGCCUACAAAAUGUUAUCUACUUUCAAAUAAGUCAAUCAAUUUUGCAAUUUAGAUAAACAAAAAUCAAAAUUUGUAGAAUCAUGCAAAUAUAUUUAAAUACAUUUUUAAGCGUUUAUAAAAUAGUUCCAGCUAUAGUGCGUUUAAAACAGGACUCAUAAGAAAUUCAAUAUAAAUAUUGUUAACUUUUUAUAUUUAUAUGCUUACAUUUAAACGCGAAUUAAUCACAAAUGGUUUAAUUUUGUUGUAUUUGUUAAUUUUUCUACUUGUAUACAUAGUUUGUUAUACAUAUAAUUAAGGUAAUUUUUGCUUUUUAUAAUUAUUGGUUUAUUGGGAAUGGAACAUUACAUAUUACAUUUAACUAAAAAAGUAUUGAAACAACGAAUAUUAUAUUGACCCAUAUAUAUUAUGUAAACAUUGCAUAACUGUAAUUGGGCACUAUUUGAGGCCUUUUCUGCUUUUAUCUCUAAAGUAAAAAAAGAACAAUGUUGUGAUAGACUUAGAGUAUCGAACAAAUUGUUUUUAGAUAUUUGUGCAUUUUACUGUCUAAUCAGUGACUUGAAUAAAUCAACUUUUUAUAAUACACAAUAAAGUACUCCUGCGUGGCCAGUCACGGUGUCCAUCUCUACAUCAUGCAAUGUAUAAUCAUGAGAUAUGUUCUCCGCGUUUAUCGCGUAUAACUACUGCGAAUUUAAUUACUAACGCAUAUAUUGCAAUCAAGAAACGAAGAGAAUACACAAGCGAACAAAGUGUCGGUUCAGUAUUCUUUUAAUAGAAAGUUUUGUAUAUCUAUCGCAAUAUCGUCUACGUUAAAGUAAGCGUAAACUACAGGAAUAAGGAAGACUGUCCUAAAUAAAGGAUCUUAAAAAAAGCAA